GGUUCUAAAACAAAUGAAAUUCAGUCAGUGUCAGUGAUGGAGGGAGAUUCUGUCACUUUACACACUUAUGUUACUAAAACUCAUGAAGAUGAUGAUAUACUGUGGAAAUUUGGAGCUGAAAAGUCUCUCAUAGCUAAAAUCAGCAUUGAGAAGCAAAUCUCCUUCCCAUAUGAUGUUCCUGAUGGGAGAUUCAGAGACAGACUGAAGCUGGACAAUCAAACUGGAUCUUUGACAAUCACAAACAUUACAACUGAACAUGCUGGACUCUAUCACCUAGAGAUAAAUGGACCUAUGUGGUCAUCAAAAACAUUCAGUGUUUCUGUCUAUGCUCAUCUGCCCACUCCUAAAAUGAUCAGAGAUUGUUCAUCAGCAUCAUCAUCAUCAUCGUAUUGUUCAUUGGUGUGUUCAGUGGUGAAUGUGAGUCAUGUGACUCUCUCCUGGUACAAAGGAAACAGUUUAUUGUCCAGCAUCAGUGUGUCUGAUCUCAGCAUCAGUCUCUCUCUACCUCUGGAGGUGGAAUAUCAGGAUAAAAACAGCUACAGCUGUGUGCUCAACAAUCCCAUCAGCAACCAGACCGGACAUCUCAACAUCAGCAAACUCUGUCAGCCAUGUUCAGGUAUGCUGGGCCUACCCUUGUUUUACAUAGUGCUGCUCUCUGCUGCUGCUGGACCUCUGUUAAUUGUAGCUGUAGUUGGGAUCUUCUGCAUCUGCGAGAAAUGUAGAAAAAUUGACAGAGAAGGCAAGUAUUGA